AGGGAGGGGUGGUUUUUAAAAGGACCUGCAAUCCAAUUCUUCACAAAGAAACUCUGAAAGCCAAAGGGAGGGCGAGAGUAGUGGAAAUAGGAAGGAAAAAUGAGCUUAAAACAUCACCAUAACUCCAACUCCACAGCAGCUGCUCAAUCUCUCUCUUUUGAUGACAUUGCCGACUUCUUCUCUCUUCCCCUUGACGACGCCGCUUCCACUCUUGGCGUUUGCACCUCUGUUCUCAAGAAAAUCUGCCGUGAAAAUGGUCUCGACAGAUGGCCUCACCGCAAGUUUUUAGCUGGAAAGAGCGUCGAAGAAAUCAAGAGGCAUGCAGCUAGAGAAAGAAGAAGGGAAAUCGCUGAGCUUUCAAAGGCUCAUCGGCAGAGCUCUCAACCUCAACCACAAAACAAUGAACAACCCAAAUUACAAGGUGGCUCAGCAUUACCGAACUUACAGCAGCAAGGGAUAAGAAACAUACAAACAGCUCAGGCCCUGAAUUUUAGCCAUCAAAGCUUGAUGACGGGAGCGGCAAUGUCAGAUGAAUUUAAGUUUGGAUUCCCAUCCGAUGGCUUAUCGGUCAUUACAAACAAAUGGUGGGGCAGUAGCAAGUCUGACUGUAAUGAAGUCAGUGAUGCUGAUGGAGCUGAAACUGAGGGAGAAGACAAGCAUCAAACUAUUGAAGAGCCUGAUGACAUGGCUAAUGACAAACCCGGCCAAAAUGGAAAAAUAGAGGAUGGCAUUAGCCGUCAAGGUUCAUCUCUGCUAGCAGCUGUUAGAAAAAGGUCAAUGGAAGAAGGACGAGAAGCACUUGAACUUGGUGUCUACAAGGGCCGUGGAAUGAAAAGGCAAGGUAGCAGAAAGGCAUCAUUGCUGCUUCGAAUAUUCAAAUCUUCAUUACCUGAUGUUUGGAUCCACGACCCUUCCUAAUUUUAUCAAGAACAAGAAGAUCCAGAUAUAAACAACUACAGUGAAAGGUAAGACUGAAAAGCCGGAUACCGACUUAAUCAGCUUUUAUUUAUGUCCUUUUAAAAUUACUGGCUAACAUCAUCUGCUUUUCUUUUUGGUUGAACAAUGGUGCAUUAACUGUUAGAGGUUGUAUUUUAGACACAAACUAAGCAAGUGAUAGGUUCAGUGCUUUAGGUUUACCUAGUCAUGGUGCCAAGGUAUUAUUAGUUUUGGUCCAUUGGAUCUCACGGUGUCUUAGGUUGAAGACGGUAUAUGCAUGCACAGCCAAGUGAUCUUAAUUGGUAUGUGUGGGACUUUGAUGAAUGAGUUAGGUCCAUAUUGGUUGAUGUAUAAUGGUAGCUAAGCAGUUGACAGUGAAGAAAUUUUUGUCAUAUUGCUUUGAUCUUUUGAUUUCAUGUAAUGCGAUCACAAUACUGUUUUAACUUUGUUAUUAUUGCAUUGAAUAGUAUUUAAGGAGA